UUGAAGUUAUUUCUGAUAAAAAAAUUUGAGAAAUUAUUAUAUUUUAAUUAUUUAUACAGAAUUUGAGAUAAAGACUGGAAAGAACUAUGAGGUAUGAGUUGCUUCAAUGUCUGUAUCAAGCACGGCUUGUUUACCUUCAGCAUGGAAAUAUGGUAUAAAUAUGGAACUGGACACACAUUCCUGAUCAGCAAGUAUGGCUUACCAAAGUCUGUUGAUAUAAGGGUAUAACUAUUAAGUUAUUUAUUCAGCUAUUGUUGCCACACUUCUUCUUUGGGGCUGCAUGGUACAUUCUCCUUUCAAACUCCUCUUUGUAUUGGACAUAGAUGAUGCAUCUUUUUGUAACAUUACCAAAAAUUUAGGAAUAAAGAGGUGCUAAACGAUUGUACUAUGGCACACAACAGGGCUCUGGAGGCAAACACCUGCAAAUCAAUAGACACUUGUGGAUCAAAAAGAAAUAGUUCACAAUUCUGCAGAAUUUCUAAAUAUAUUGGAACCUUCAAUUCUAUUGCCACACACUUCAGUAAAAAAAAAAAGAAUCCCCAACUGCUCUCAUGUUAAUCAAUAGAUUCCAAAGGCAAACAUUGCUAGUUGCAUCUUCAGGUAUUUUGCUAUAUAUUACUGUUAUACCCUCAAAUAUAGACCACCACAUCACGAAGAAGAUCAAUCACCUGGUUUCAAAACACUACAACUCACUCACUGACAAUGGAAGAGAUUACAUCACCAAUUUCGAGCCAAAACCUAGCAACUUUUACGGCUUACCAAAAAUACAAAAGUCAGAAGAUAUUCAACAGGCAGUAAGAGAACAAGGAAGUGAAUACAUACAAGUGCUAUAUCCAAAAGACUUAAAACUUAGACCAAUUAUAGCUGGCCCAGCAUGCCCUACCCAUCGUCUAAGCAAUUUCGACAUUAUUUUGAAAUCACUAUGUACCUACAUACCCAACUUCAUUCGGGAUGACAUAGAUUUCCUGUCCCAUCUUCCCAAAACAACUGAACCAAAUUCAAUCCUACUAAGCUUUGAUGUAGUAAGUCUUUACACCAAUAUCCCACAUGGGUAGAUAAACAUAGAGAAGCAAUUCCCAACCUACACCCAUCCAUCCAAUUUACAAAGGAGAUGAGCAGUACCAAAUUACCAUUCCUAGAUAUAAUGGUAACUAAAAAGAACACCACCAUUACUACAGAUAUAUAUUACAAACACACAGAUACACAUCAAUACCUGAAUUUUAAAUUGUGCCAUCCACCGCAUACAAAACGUAACAUCCCAUACUGCUUAGCCAGAAGAAUCUGUACCAUUGUAGAAGAUUUAAAGACCAGAAAUCAACACCUGAUGGAACUGAAAGAAUUUCAGCUUAAACAAAAAUAUGUGUCACUAAUAGAAAACGGUAUUCAGUGGGCUUUAAAGAUACCCAUACAACAACUGAAGACACCACAAAGAAGAGAAAAACAAAAACAAAUCAUACCAUUUAUAGUGACACACAAUCCAUGCCACCAGAACAUCUUCAAUAUCACUAAAGCAAACCUACCAAUCUUUGCACAAAGUAAGGAAUUAAGAGAUAUCAUUACAGAUCAAAUUAUAACUCUCAGUAAAAGACAGCCUAAAAGCUUGAAAAAGUUAUUAACAAAGGCAAGGUUUGACCUUAGCAACAAAGAUCAAUCAUUCACUGUGUCUAAAUGCAAUGAUAACCAAUGCGGUAAUAACACAGUUGAAGCGUUCCUGUCACAAUCUGAACCUGAUGAAUGCUUAAAUGCAAGAAAGUAUACUAGUUCAAUGAAAAUAGACAUUUAAUAUUUAAUUUUCAACAUUUCAUUUGUUCAAUAAGACAAUCAAUACUUCAUUUCAUUUCAUUCUUUCUAUAUAUUCUAUAUUAAUAUUAUAGGAAUAUAAUUAAAGCAUA